AUGAAUGUGAAACGUAAAUCAUUCAGAAGUAAAAAUAAAAAUAAAAAAUGCAUUUAUAAGAAUGCAAAUGGAAAGGUGCACAAGAAAGCUAAAGACAAAGGUAAGCCAUUGCUUAGGGUCAACGAUGACCAAAUACGCAGUUCGGACGCCCUUGACGUUAGGACGUCGAAGUUGACGGGUUCGCAGUGUUCGGCCACGGACCGACGUUUGACGAACAGGCGUUCGAAGCGAAAUGAGUGCAUGGCAACAAAGAGGAAUAGCGAAUGUGAAUAUAGGGAAGCGGAAAAGGAGAAAAACAGGAAUCGCAUGAAGAAAUCGCGAGAAGACGCACGUUACAGGCGUAAUGAAAUCGCCAAAAGGAGACGACAAGAAAAUGCGAUGCGCGAACGACGAAAGAAUCAACUACGGAUGAAUUUGAUUCGCAAAAAUAGUAAUUACACAGCCAAAGAGAGUGUCGAAAAUAUUAUGAGAAACAAAAAUUUAAGGCAAAAUUUCAAAUACAGGUCAGGUGAAGCUGAAAAAAACGUAUCGAGAAAUAUAAAAUUAAGACAUAACAUCAAAUACAAGACAGGCGAGGCUGCUAAAAACAUUUCGAGAAAUAAACAUUUAAGGCAAAAUAUCAAAUACAAAACCAAUGAAGCCGCAACCAAUAUUUUGAGAAAUCAAAAUUUGAGAAAGAAUAUCAUUUAUAGAUCUAAUGAACAGAACAAUAACGUUCUCCGAAAAAAUAGUUUACGCAGCAAUGCUACAUAUAAAUGUCAAGAACGCCAUAAAAACAUCCGCCGAAUGCGAAACAUUCGCAAGUCUAACAUCUAUGCCGAAAAUGAACGAUUAGAGAAUAAAUGCAGAAUGAGGCACAAUAGGAAUGACGCAACAAAAUACCAGAAAGAGUUGCAAAUUAAUGCAGAAAGCCAAAGUAAGAACAGAGAUGUUGAUAUUCUGAAUUUUAGAAAUAAAAUUUAUAGCGGCUUACAACAGGAAUCUAAGCGAAAUACAUUGGCCAAAUUGAAAUUAAAAUUUAUUAAAUUAAGGGAAGAAACGCCUUCUCAUAUAUGUUGUUGCUGCGAAGGGCUGUUUUUUAAGCAUUCAAUAUCAAAAUUUCGCGAAGAUACUGUUGUUAAAAAAAUUCAAGAACUAAAUGCACAAAAUUCUCUAAUUAAUAAUGCAAUAGAUGUGGAUGAAUUUAUGUCGCGUAUUGUCAAUUUUAACUCUGGAUGGAUAUGUUCCACGUGCGGUCUCCAUGCAUAUCGUGGAGAAAUUUAUAAACUGGCAACAAGUAAUGGACUGAAGUUUGAAAAGGUUCCCGAAUAUUUAGAACAAUUGACAGAUCUUGAGGAGCGCAUGGUGUCGCCAGUUAUAAAUUUUAUGCAGAUCCGAUCUCUGAAACCGUAUGCCCUCAAACCACAACUUGGAUUGAAAGGCAGCGUGGUCAACAUACCCAUCGAAGUGAAUGAAUGUUUAAAGGUUUUGCCCAGGAAAUUUAGCGAAAUGAAAACCAUACAAGUGAAAUUGAAGCGCCACCUAGAUCAUAAGAGCGAUUACAUGUUCGAGUCGGUUCGACCGAAAUUCAUUUGCAAAGCUAUCAGAUAUUUAAUUAACACGCCCUUGUAUAAAAAGUAUGAAAUAACAUUUGAUGAAAAAUAUUUCGAUAAUUGCGAAAACUUAAUGAAUGAAGAAGUAAAUUUUAUAGUUGAUAAGAGCGAUGCAAUUAACGAUACUGUUUCUUUUUCAAAUCAAGAGAACAUCAACGAAAAUUGCAAUCUUGUGCCAAAUAUCAAUGUCGAUGCGCAGGCAGUUUUUGAUUUGGAUCAAAUCAAUAAUGAUGAAACUAUGUUGAUCGACAAUAAUGAUAUCACAGCGAAAGGACAAGCUGAAAUGGUAAAAGUAAUUGCGCCUGGCCAAAAUAAAUUACCUUUGCCAUGGCACAAGAUUGAAGAUGUUGAUGAACUUUGCUUCCCUAAAAUUUUUGCAGGACAUACUUUUUCACCAAAUGUAAAAUUAUCAUACAAGGACCGAACAAAAUCUGAGAUUCGACGACACGAUCGUCGGUCAUGCGUACCGACACGAAUACUAUUCAUGGCAAAGAAGUUUAUGGAAAUUUCGUGCUCAGCAAAUCUGAACAUAUGUCUGAGGCGCAGAAAAGGUAACGAAGCGAGUUUCACCGUUUCGGAUGUACAGAAUAGAAAUUUCCUAAACAGCCUGAUUGAAUUCGAUGACGGGUAUCGUCUUUUGAAGAACUUCAGAUCUUCACCAGCAUUUUGGCAGGACAAGAAAAAGAAACUGUUAGCUAUGAUCAGACAGCUUGGCAGACCGACUCUAUUCCUAACACUAUCUGCAGCAGAGUCACAUUGGCCUGAGCUAUUGAAAACGCUCAUGAAAUAUAGUAACUUUGAUAGAAGUAUAUCAACACGGGACGCUUAUUUAUUGGAUCAGAACAUCAAGACCAACCUAAUAAGGAAUGAUCCCGUCAGCUGCGCCAGAUACUUUGAUUUCAAAGUUAAUAAACUGAUGUGGUUACUUAGGCAAGGAGAUAGUAUUUUUGGCUGCCAUAAGGUUGUAGACAGCUAUGAGCGUGUUGAAUUUCAGCAACGUGGGAGUCCUCACGAGCAUAUUCUUCUAUGGCUACAGAAUGCACCCAAAUAUCAGGCAGAUUCUAAUCAGAACAAUAACUUUAUAGACUUUAUUGAUAAAUUCCUAACGUGCAAAUAUGAUCCUGAGGACCCUUACGUGAAAUUGCAAAUGCAUAGACAUGGUCAUACGUGUUAUAAAGGACAAAAAGCAAAAACCUGCAGAUUCAAAAUACCGCAUCCUGUAAUGAGAAGCACUAUGAUAUUGGAGCCACUGCAAGAAGGUGAAAUAUCCAAAAGGCCUUACAAGGAAAUUGACAAACUGAUGAACACCUUCUAUGCGGAACGGAAAUUUGUAAGCUUUGACGAUGUUCUGCAGGAAUUGGAUAUGUCUGAGGCAGAAUAUCUGUUGGCUAUACGCAGUACGCUCAAACAAAGCCGAUUAUUUUUGAAGCGCUCCAGUAUGGAAGUCGGCAUUAACUCUUACAACCGCGAUAUUUUGCAUUUGUUCGAAUCGAACAUAGAUUUACAAUUUAUAAUCGAUGAGUAUGGCGCGAUAAGCUAUGUUACGAAUUACAUCAGUAAAAUCGAAGGAGGAUUAUCAAAGCUACUACGCGAGGCAGCCGCAGACUGUGAUAACAACAAUGUUAGCGUGAAAGAUAAAUUCCGUAAAAUUACGAAUUUAUUCUUGAACCACAACUUGAUGUCAGCGCAGGAAGCGGCCUAUCAUGUACUUUCUCUGUCACUGUCAAAACAAAGCAGAAAAACAAUAUUCAUCAACACCAGUCCUUCAAAGGAGCGCGUUCACAUGCUGAAAUCGAGCAACUGUUUAGAAAAGUUGAAUGAAGAUUCAACAGAGAUCUUUAUGGCGGACAUAUUUGAUAGAUACACCAAACGGCCAAAACACCUCGAAUAUAUAUGUUUAGCAGAUUUUGCUGCGAACUACGAAGUACGCAAACUGCAUAAAGCGUUCGACGAGGACAAAGGCAGUGAGGAACAAAAUGAAGAUAAUGCAAGGCGGGGCAAAUCUGCUAUAAUCAGAUAUGUUCGAUACAGGGCCGAUCAAGAUGCUGCUAAUUAUUAUAGAGAGAAACUUCUCCUGUUCAAGCCAUGGAGGAAUGAACAGACAGAAGUGGAAAAUGUUGACUUUCAGACACAAUACAAUCGUUUCAAAAACAUCAUUGAGGACAAUCAGGCAAAAUUCUCAAUUAUCAGCGAUGACUGCAUCGAUCAAAUCAUGCAAUUGGUUGACAAUGAACUUUAUGCCAAUCCUGACAAUGAUGAUGCAGCGGAUAUGCCAGAGGGUUUUGACGUUGAUAUAUUUCAACAAGGCGGUGUCAAAAACGAUGGUGUUAGUAAAACCAAAACGCCUGUCAUUAAAAGUAGAUACACAUGCCCAACGAGAAUUUCACAAGAGGAACUGUACAAAUUAAUGAUUUGUUUGAACGCAAAGCAAAAAGAAUUUGUACUGCAUAUCCUUCACUGUUACAAGUUGGGCAAGUUGCCAUUUCAAAUAUUCCUAAGUGGAUCAGCCGGCGUUGGCAAAAGCACGGUUAUUGAGGCAAUUUAUCAGCUAAUUACCAACUAUUUCGAUAGUUUGCCAGGAGGUGAUAUGGACAAAAUAGUUGUUCUAUUAUGCGCUCCCUCCGGAAAAGCAGCCUUCCUAAUCAAUGGUAUGACGCUUCAUUCCGCAUUUGUUUUGCCCACCAAGCAAUUUGGCGUUAACUUAGUCCAGCUUUCUAGCGACUUAGUCAACACAGUUCGAGAGAAAUUAUCGAAAGUUCAGCUCGUGAUUAUCGAUGAAAUUUCUAUGGUAGGCAGUGCCACGUUGAGCCGAAUUGACACACGUCUCCGGCAAAUCAAAGGCGUAAAUGAACCAUUUGGAGGCGUUUCAAUAUUGGCGGUGGGAGACUUGAACCAGUUGCCGCCUGUGAAAGAUAGGCCGGUGUAUCAAGUUUCUCGUCACAACGAGAUGGAAGCAUUUUUUGACGUCAAUCCACUCUGGAAUGAAUUCCACUUCUAUGAACUAACUGAAGUAAUGAGGCAAAGAGAUGAUUUGUUGUUUAUUAAUGCUCUAAAUAAUCUCGCUAAUGACGCAUUGACCAAUGAAGAUCUGGCAUUGAUAAAGGAACGAGAGGUGAAACCGGAUGAUGUUCCUGAAUAUGCUAUCAGAUUGUACGGAACGAACAAAAAUGUAAGCAUGUACAAUGAGAUGAAAAUUGAAAGUAACACCAAUGUAUUAAUUGUGUCAGAAGCUGAAAAUUCAUUUUCGAACAAUUCAGCCGAACAUCUAAAGCAAUCUAUGAAUAAACUGUUGCGAACUAGAGCUGGUGAUGAUUUCAGACUAGAAAAUAAAAUAAAUUUCAAGAUCAGCAUAAAAUACAUGAUUAAUUACAACAUAGAUAUCGAGGAUGGACUUGUCAAUGGAGCGUGCGGGAUUUUGAGACUGGUGACUUUCAAUGGACAAACUAAUAAACCCGAAAUCGUUUGGCUCGACUUUCAGAUGCAACGGGUAGGAAAAAAGGCAAGAUUAUGUCAUUACGAAUACAUGAUAGAACAUCAAAUAAAUACCAAUUGGACACCGAUUAAAAGAAUGGCCAUCAAGACGAAUGCCGGCGAUGAUGAAAAAUAUCAUGUUAUUCGUAAUCAAUUCCCAUUAGUACCUGCAGAGGCUAUGACAAUUCAUAAAGCCCAAGGUCAAACUUAUGACGCGAUAUGUCUAGAUUUCACUAAAAAAGAGCGAAGAGAUAAGUCGAUGCUUUACGUUGCUUUGAGUCGAGUGAAAAAAUUGAGCGGUUUAUAUAUAUUGGGCAGUUUUGAUACACAACCAUCUACAAGCGCAAAUGAUGUUACCAUGAAACGUUCAUUGGUCGAAAUAAAUCGCCUACGCGCAACCAAAACAUUAAACUUAUCUUAUAAUAUAUUAAAAGACGUAACAUCUCCGGUAUUGAUAUAUCAGAAUGUUGGUACACUAAAAAACAAAAUGUCUCAUAUAAAUGCUGAUCGGUGGUUUCGCAGAGGCGAUAUUGUUACAUUAAGCGAAACGCUAACGAAAGCUUCUGACAAAGUGGACAUUGAUGACACAACAUUUAGAGUAGUCUACCGAUCAAAUUACAAUCGAAAUGGACGUGGUUUAUUAUGUUACGCCAAAAAAAAUAUGAAAAUCACAAAUGUCAUUAAUUAUCAAUGA